UGUUUCGAUAGGCAUUGGAAGCUUGGAAGGUUGGUUGCACACGGUUUUUGUUGUGUGCAAGGUGGAGUAUGAGAAAGAAUAUGUUGAAAAUAACAGUGCCUCAUAUUUUAUAAAUUUGUUGAUAUAUUGUUGCCUUGAUCGGAUGUAGUUAAACGAACCCAAUAAUGCACUGUCAACAUGUUUUUCAGGCUUUUAAGUUUUCAGUAUGCGCCUAUUCAAAGAUGUGUACAAAAUAUGGGUUGCAGUCCUUUAUUGUAAGUGAUCAGUUGUGCCAUCUUCGAUGUCUUCAUACACAUACUGUGAGGAUGAAAAGUUCUCUUGCUGUCCCCAGGCAACCAGAAAUGGGCUAUUUAAAGAGUUUUUUGAAACGUAUUGGUUGGCUGGAUCAUUCUAAAGCGAAAUUGAAAGCAUCUGCCUAUAUACUGUAUGAAAAUGUAGCAGAUAAGAUUCCAUACAUAAAGUUCUUCAAAGAAUUCCAAAUGGCAGAUACCUUUUAUUCCUGGUUCCUCGUCACUGAGCUUCAUGUAUGGAUGUUAAUGGUACGAACAAUGGCUGAAGGAGAGGAGGGACGUUUUGUUCGUAAUAACAUAGUUGAAGCCAUGUGGCAAGACAUCAGUACACGUGCAAAGAAACUCGAGCCUGGAAAUUCUCCGGCAGUUAAAGCACAGAUUCAUGAAUUAUCACAGCAGUUCCAAGCAGCAAUAAUAGCAUAUGAUGAGGGAUUGCUGUCUAAGGACACAGUGCUUGCUGGGGCUGUAUGGAGAACUUUUCUUCAGCAAGAUUGCAAUGACCCUGAAAAUGUUGAAUGCCUUGUUCACUAUAUUCGUAAACAGGUGAAAUUCUUGGAUGAAAUGGCACGAGAUGAGAUUCUGUUAUCUCCCCACAUCACGUGGAUUGAGUUACCCCAAAAGUUCAGCACUGUUCUUAGCAAGGACAGAAGUCAAUAGAUACACUAGAAAGUGUUUUAAAUGUGAUUACGGAAUGUAUAGUAGCAGUCCGUUCUGUGACAGAACACCACUCUCUGGCUCUGCCUUCCAUUUCUUCAGCAGUGUGUGGUGGGAUAGCUGAGAGCAAGUUUUGUGGUAGAAAUGCAAUAUGCAAGCACAGCAUUCAUCACAUCAACCUCUGAUGAUGGGGACAGUUUCAGAAAUGUUGGAUAACAACUCCACACUAACACAGCUUGUUACCUGAGAAGGCUUAAUUGCUGAUUGGUUUUUGUAGUAAUGAUUAUUAUAAUAAAUUUCAAAUAGUGCUGAGUUUUGACACUAUGCUUCAUUAGUGGCAAAAAUCAGAAUUACUUUCAAAGGAGUACUGAAUAUGUAAGUAUAGAACAUGGGUAUCUUAAGUGUUCUUGCAGGGAUAUUUACAGCCUGCAAGAGUUUUAAAAUAUUUUAUAGUAAUUUAUUAAUUACUCAUUGAUGACUGCAAAUCACUUAGUGAUUCUUGCUGUGUGAACCAAAUCUGGAGUUCUGGAUUAUGUUUAGCUGUUACUUUAAUUGAGGGUAAUGUUGUAUUUUAGCGUCCUGUUGCACUGAUUUUCGUCCAUGAUAUGUAUGCAGUGUCUGUCUUUUAG